AUGGCGCUUCGGCAGGCGCUGGGAAGGGGCGCGCGGCUGGGCCGGGGCCUGCUGUGGCGCUGGCUCGGGGGAGCGCCUCCCCCUCCUGCGCCGCCCGCCUUUCUCGCCCGCCGCCCGCAGCAGCCGCCGCCGGCCCGCCCGGGCUUCCUGCGCGAGGCCGCGGCCCGGCUGGGCCUGACCGGCGGGCCUCCGUCACCGGGCCUCCUGCUCUUCCGGCAAAUGGCGCCGCGGGUCCCCCUCGGGCCCCGCCGCCUCGGGCUGGCCUUCGGCCUCGGGCUGGCGCUUCUGGAGCCGGCGCUGGCAGAGCAGAGGCAGGCGAGCGAGGCCUGUAAGGGCAUCCAGGUAAGCGGGCUAGGCCUCGUUACCAUGGCAACGGGGGCGGCCUUCAGCAUAGAUUUGGGACGUUUAUAUUUCCAUACCAACCCCGUCCCACACUUCCUUCCAUAGAGUUUAAGGUGGUUGUUUGAUUGGAAGUCGCUUUGGGCAAGAGUAAGCGACUAACCAAUUUAGUAAAUAACAAUAAUAAUUGAUUGCAUUUAUACACCCCUCUUUUUCUCCAAGGAGCUGAAGGUGCCAUACAUGGCCCUCCCCGUCUCUUCUUUUAAUCCCAACAACCACCUUGUGGUAGGGUAGGUUAGGUUGAGAGGCAGUGUCUCCCUCAAUGGGGUUUGUGGCUUGAAAAGGAAUUUAAACCCAUGCCUCCUAGAUCCUUAAAGGUAAAGGGACCCCUGACCAUUAGGUCCAGUCAUGACCGACUCUGGGGUUGUGGCGCUCAUCUUGCUUUAUUGGCCGAGGGAGCCGGCGUCCAGCUUCCGUGUCAUGUGGCCAGCAUGAGUAAGCCGCUUCUGGCGAACCAGAGCAGCGCACGGAAACACUGUUUACCUUCCCGCCGGAGAGGUACCUAUUUAUCUACUUGCACUUUGACAUGCUUUCGAACUGCUAGGUUGGCAGGAGCAGGGACUGAGCAAUGGGAGCUCAUCCCGUCGCGGGGAUUCGAACCGCCGACCUUCUGACCUUCUGAUCAGCAAGUCUGUGGUUUAACCCGCAGCAUCACCCGCGUCCCAGAUCCUUAGUUGGACACUAAUCUCAAAGGGUUUUUUUUGGGGGGGGGUCCACAACUUCUAGUGUUUCUCUGUCGCUUUCUCCACACUGUGCAUAAUUUUAUAAACUUCUAUCAUAUGUCUCCUCUUACUCGCCUUUUCGCUAAGUAAUAAAAGUCCCCAAAGCUGCAAUAUUUCCUCAUAGGGGAGAAACUCCAUCCUUUUGGUUGCCCUUUUCUGAAACGUUUCCAACUCCUACCUUUUUAAAGGUGAGGCAACUAGAACUGUACACGGUAUUCCAAAUGUGGCCACACUGUCUCGCCUCUCCUUCUGCAGGAGCUGCUUGGAGCCGACUGAAAAGCACGGUUUCAUAAGUAUAAUAUUAUGAUUUGCAUUUUCUCUUUUGUUGUUGUUGUUUUCCCCCAUUCAGACAAUAUUUAUCCAGAGGAACAAACCUCAGAAAGAGCCCCUGGGCUUAUUCUGCCAGCAAGGCUUCAAAUUGGAAGAAUAUUCCAUUGGACGAUCUAUUGGCAAAGGCUGCAGCGCAGCUGUGUAUGAAGCAACAACCCCUUUUGCCAUGCCUCACAAAGCAAGUUCGGAGCCAGAAGCUGAUCAUUUUGAUCAUUGCGAUGGUUCAGAUGCCCAGACUGGAGGGGGAAAGCUCUGCCAAGUUGGUUGUUGGAGAACUGGCUUCCCGCUGGCAAUCAAGAUGAUGUGGAACAUUUCGGUGAGGAUCCUGUGUUUGGUUUGCUCCUCAGGUGUUGAAGGAAAGUGCAUUGAAACCUUAGUCCAGUGGAGCAGUAAUUGAUGUUAAUCUAAAAUAUGUCCUGCAAGAGCCAGCAGUUGCUACCAUGGUGUCAAUUAUUUCUUCUGAAAAGUGCGAUAGGUUUCUGGGGAGAAGAAAAACAAUGAACAGCUUGAUUGGGAACAAAACAACAGUUCUGCCUGAGUAAUGCAGCUCUCACAGUGAUCACAAGCAGCAGCAUCAGAAAAUGCAGUGUGCAGUAGUGGUGGAAAUGGAGUGCUUCUUUUUCCUGCAGUGUUGGCUUUUAAAGAAAUCAUUUAAAACCUUUGAGGAGCAUAAUGCCAAACCACAGUGGCCUGUCCUUACUCUGCCUGUGCACUCCCUCUUCCAUCCCUUCACCAUACUUGUUCAGAUUCCCUCCCUUCGUUCCGUAUUCUUGGCAAAACAUACUUUGCCGUGUUGCCCAAACCAUGCGAACUAGUUUAGAUAACCCAGCAAACAAUUGUUUGACAAGAACUGGGGGAAUUGCUGUCUUAAGGCUUUCUACAUCAGGGUUCAGUAAAUAUGACUCUUAGAAGACAUCUGAAAGCAGCCCUGUACAGGGAAGUUUUUAAUAUUUGAGGUUUUAUAGUGUUGUUAAUAUUUUGUUGGGAGCUACCCAGAGUGGCUGGGGAAACCCAGUCAGAUGGGCAGAGUAUAAAUAGUAAAAUUAAAUUAAAAUAUGUGAGCAAGGGCAGUGGGCAUAAGCAUUCUAGCUCCAGUCCACCUGAUGCCAUUUCAGUCAUUGUUCUUCAAUUCCAAAAUGACUGAAAGGCUCUUUCCUGUGACCUCCCUUGUAGUAAGUAAGUAGAUAUUCCCCAUGCACAAGGGAUUGUGUGAACCUGAGAUUCAUUCAUGUUGUACCAGAAACCACAGUUUGGCAUUACUCCUGGACCAUCCCACUGAUUGGGAAUCGGCUGGCAGAUUAACAGAAAAUAAAAACAAAUUAGAAACACAGUAUCAAAUAUGAUGCAGAAACAAACUUCAGUAAAAUUCAACAACUGGGGCACAAGUAGAUGGGGAGUGGCCCAUAAAGAUAGGCAGGUGGGUUAUAAUUUCUUUCUCCUGCCCACAAUGUAGUUUAAAAAGUAACAGUGUUUGAGAGAUAUUCUUGCAGGUAAUGCGAACUGGAAAUGCAGGUGUAUUGAAUUAAAAUCGGCACAAUUGUGUUCUGUUCACGUCUUAUCCCACCAAUGUGUCCCUGAUGAGUUUAAAACUUGUGUGAGUUCUGGGCCUCAUUAAAAGCCCUCCUACAAUUAAUUUGAAAAGAAGCCUCCUAACAGCUCCCUUUCCAGCCAUUAUUUUCUAUCCUCUCUUCAUUAUUGUUAUUACUGGAUUUCUAGGGCUGUUUUGAGGAUUGCAGAGAUAAUACAUGUGACUCAAAGCCAAAUAUAAAUAUCAUUGUUGCCAUUAUUGGAACCCCCUUCUUUUUAAAAAGCUGUUUUAUGCUUCAAGAUAUUUACCAUAUCUUGCUAAGGGAUUUUUUUUCUUUUUGGAGAGAGGAGGGUGUUUGGGACCUUACGUAUUUUGUAGUCCUAUCUCCAGAUUUCCCCACGUCCCUUCUUUUUAUGAUACACUGCAUCAAAAUGGGGAUGGGUGGCGAAGAAAUCGAAUUCAGUACUUAAUUCAUUCCGGAGGUCCAUUCUUAACCUGAAACUGUUCUUAACCUGAAGCACAACUUUAGCUAAUGGGGCCUCCGCACCGCCGGAGCAUGAUUUCUGUUCUCAUCCUGAAGCAAAGUUCUUAACCCGAGGUACUAUUUCUGGGUUAGCGGAGUCUGUAACCUGAAGUGUAUGUAACCUGAAGCGUCUUUAACCUGAGGUACCACUGUAUUUAGAUGAGGCAGCCUUCAUUUGAACACAAGGAAAAUAAAUCAUGUUUGGGCUCUUGCAGGCUGGUUCUUCAAGCGAAGGCAUCCUCAACUCCAUGUCACAGGAGCUUGUUCCAGCCAGCGGCUCAGCCUUAUCUGGAGAAUUUGGUGCGAUCACUCCUCCCAGGUAUAAUUUGUUAAUUUUGAUGAUGUAGAAGAGGGAGCUGAGGCUGAUGGGAGUUGUAAUCCAACACAUCUCAAGGACACCAGUUUGGGGAAGGCUGUUUUAAGUACAUGCAGCUUAAUUAAGAUUGUGAGCUGCUCAGGGUGCAGACCUUUUCUUUUAUUAACAUGCACAGUAAUAAUGCACAGCAGUAAUAGUCCUACUAUCCCUAUCCUUGACUCAUUGUGUCCUUUCUUCUGUUGCUUUCCUCAUUGUCUGUUUUAUUUCAUAAGCUCCUAGCAGCCAGAGACCUGUCUAGGUUGCCUUGGUAAAUUGGAAAGGCAGCACAAACUGUUACGGUACCUUAGAAAUAAUAACAAAGUUUUGUGACACCUUAAAAACUAACAAAUUUAUUAUGGCAUAAGCUUUUGUGAACUAGAGUCUACUUGUUAUUCUUAGCUGCAGGUAUAUGAACAUGUGGUUGGGGAUGGAAUUGUAAGUUCAGAGGGAAAUGAGGUGCAAAAAACAACAACCCAGCAGACAGUGACAAUUCAUUUAGAUCUCAGAAUGCAUGCAAAAUAAGCACAGCUUUAGUCUUGGAGUCUGAAUUGAGACAAUAGUUUCCUGUCACAGUGCAGAUGAUAAUUAACUCAACAUUACCAAGUAGAUUUCUUUGUCACCUCUCACUGAUAUUGUAAAGCGGUCACUGUGCUUAUUUUGAAUACAUUCUAGCUCUGAGUUGGCACCCUUGUGCUUCCAGCAUUUCAUUUCCCUCUGAGCUUAUUGCUUACAGUUCCCUCUCUGUGUUCCUGCAACUGUUAAUGGAUCUAACAAAUCAGAUUCAAGUCCACAAAAGCUUAUGCACCAUAAUUUUAGUGUGUUAAGGUGCCACAGACUCUUAAUCUUCAUUGCAACAAAAACAAUAACAUGGCUACCCUUGCGGAAAUAAUAGCAGUUGUUAUGCAACAGUUAAAACCUAUUGUUUGUAGUUAUAAAUGGCACCUUCGCCCAGGAGCAAAGUUCCAAACCUCUGGUCAGGCAGCCCAUGGGUCAUUUUUCCAGUAUAUGGUUGAAACUAGUCAGAGACACAAGGAUGUUAAACAAAGAUCAAGGCACAGCCCCCAAUAGCUCAGCCAUGCUUUGGCUAUAAUAGGACAAUUAAUACAUUUUUAUAGAGAACGGAACAAUCAAUGACAAAAAAUUAUACCUGGCCAUAGAAGAGCUGGGUUGAAUGCAGCUUCUACUCUGGCCCAGAAAACAUAAUGGCCUAUUUUGCUGGGCUGUGAGAAAACACACCACAAAGAGAUUUCAAAUUCAUUUUGCUAAUUACCGUAUUUUUCGCUCUAUAACACGCACCUGACCAUAACAUGCACGUAGUUUUUAGAGGAGGAAAACAAGAAAAAAAUAUUCUAAACGAAACAGUGGAUGUAUGAUUUUUGUGGUUCAUGCUGUGGCCACAGAUGUGAUCUGACGGUGAGUUUGGGUUAGCCCAAUGCAAAAAUCCUGAGGAUCCAUGUGGAUCCAUGCUUUGUAACCACGCUUUUGCGCCAUUGCAGCCCCAUGAAACAGUGGGUGCGUGUGUGUUUUUUGGUGCAGGCUGUAGCCAUGGAUAUGCUAUGUGAUCUGAUGGUGAACUUGGGGUGACCCAGUGCAAAAAUCCUGAGGAUCCAUGUGCAUCCGUGCUUUGUAACCACGUUUUAAGUGGGGAGGGAAGGAAAAGCAUUCAAGGGACAAGGAGCACGUGUGGGGUGGGUGGAGAAGGAUGCGGCUAAUAAUGCAGGCGAGGGGUUUAAGGGGAGAAGGAAUACGUGUGGGGUGUGUGGAGAAGGAUGUGGCUAAUAAUGCAGGCGAGGGGUCUAAGGGGAGAAGGAACACGCAUGGGGUGUGUAGAGAAGGAUGCUGCUAAUGAUGCAGGAGAGGGUUUAAGGGGAGAAGGAACACGCGUGGGGUGUGUAGAGAAGGAUGCUGCUAAUGAUGCAGGAGAGGGAUAUAAGGGGAGAAGGAACACACAUGGGGUGUGUAGGGAAGGAUGCUGCUAAUAAAGCAGGAGAGGGGUUUAAGGGGAGAAGGAACACGCAUGGGGUGUGUAGAGAAGGAUGCUGCUAAUAAUGCAGGAGAGGGGUUUAAGGGGAGAAGGAACACGCAUGGGGUGUGUAGAGAAGGAUGCUGCUAAUGAUGCAGGAGAGGGGUUUAAGGUAAGAAGGAACACGCAUGGGGUGUGUGGAGAAGGAUGCUGCUAAUGAUACAGGAGAGGGGUUUAAGGGGAGAAGGAACAUGCGUGGGGUGUGUGGAGACGGAUGCUGCUAAUGAUACAGGAGAGGGGUUUAAGGGGAGAAGGAAUACGUGCGGGGUGUGUGGAGAAGGAUGUGGCUAAUAAUGCAGGCGAGGGGUCUAAGGGGAGAAGGAACACGCAUGGGGUGUGUAGAGAAGGAUGCUGCUAAUAAUGCAGGAGAGGGGUUUAAGGGGAGAAGGAACACGCAUGGGGUGUGUAGAGAAGGAUGCUGCUAAUGAUGCAGGAGAGGGAUAUAAGGGGAGAAGGAACACACAUGGGGUGUGUAGGGAAGGAUGCUGCUAAUAAAGCAGGAGAGGGGUUUAAGGGGAGAAGGAACACGCAUGGGGUGUGUAGAGAAGGAUGCUGCUAAUAAUGCAGGAGAGGGGUUUAAGGGGAGAAGGAACACGCAUGGGGUGUGUGGAGAAGGAUGCUGCUAAUGAUACAGGAGAGGGGUUUAAGGGGAGAAGGAACACGCAUGGGGUGUGUAGAGAAGGAUGCUGCUAAUAAUGCAGGCGAGGGGUCUAUGGGGAGAAGGAACACGCAUGGGGUGUGUGGAGAAGGAUGCUGCUAAUGAUGCAGGAGAGGGGUUUAAGGGGAAAAGGAGCUCGGUGGGGUGUGUGGAAAAGGAGCUUUUCGGCGAGGGGAGGGGGGAGGGAAAGAGCACUGUUGCUUUAAAGUAGCCAACCGGACAGCAGCCACUUACAGCAGUGUAAGCAGCUCCUUUCCUCUCCCGCUUUGCUCCUUCUCUCCCUCUUUGCUGCUUUACGCAGCUAAUGGCGAAUCCCCUGCAACCCAAGUCCUGCUCAGCGGAUCAGCUGAGACGCUGGGAGAAUCGUAAUUUCCCCCUCUCCCUCAUCCCGUGCCCUCCUGUUCCCAGCAGCCUUUUAAAAAACUUUUUUACUGGUUUUCACUGCGCUCGUGGCUCAGAGCCCUCCUGUGCCCUGCCGUCCCUCUGCAGCCUCAUUGCUCCGUUUAGAGAGCGGACCUUUGCUAGCUGAGGCUGCAGCAGCUGUUGCUGGCUACAAGGCGCUUUUUCCGGCUCGCUAUGGCUCCCGUCUGUCCCUCCUCCCGUGUAAGCGGCUGCUGGCCACUUUGCUGCGAUGGCUCUCCUUCCUUCCCUCCUCCUCGGCUCCUCCCCCUCCUCCUGGCUGUAAAGCAAGCAAAGCUAGUGACAGAAGCCUUGCAAGCGGCUCCCGCUUUGCUUGACUGACGGGAGCCAUGGUUCCGGUCGAGUGCAUUCGCUCCGUAACACACACAGGCAUUUCCCCUUACUUUCUAGGAGCAAAAAAGUGCGUGUUUUGGAGCGAAAAUUACGGUAAAUCUGCAAUAGCAAUGAUAAGUGGUUGUAAGCGGUAACAAACUGUCUUGAAAUAGGCAACUUGUCUUCGGUAAGAAGAGGCUGAAACCUCAUCCAAAUAUAGUCCAGGUGCUUCGAGCAUUCACGUCCCACGUCCCACUGCUUCCUGGUGCAACGGUGGACUAUCCGGAUGUUCUGCCCUCCACACUGAAUCCCUCUGGAAUAGGGCACAGCCGCACACUCUUCCUAGUGAUGAAAAAGUAAGUUGGGAGAGAGCAGGGUGGUCAAUGGAUUGUAUGGCUGCAAAGUGCAUGUGGCUUCUAACCUUUAUGGUUUGGGACAAAAGUUGAUCCUCUGCUCCCAACAACAGUGAUCGAGUGGCAAAUGUGGUUUCCGAGCUCUCAUCAUCCCUGAGCAUUGGCCAUGCUGGCUGGGGCAAAUGUGAGUUGGAGUCCAACAGCUGUUGGGCCACAGGAUGGGGAAGGCUGGUAUAGCUAAAUGAUUAGUUAAGGCUGGAAGAUGAAAGGUAAGGAAGAGAUUCCACUUCCACUAUCACCCCAAUACACUGGAGCUUUCUGCGGUUAAUGCCUUCAUCAUUUUUAACCCACAAGAACUAGAAACUUGAUUUUUUAGAAAGAAAGAAAGAAAGAAAGAAAGAAAGAAAAUGAGGAAAGCAGAAUUAGCUCCACAUCAUGUCCAGUUCCAUCAAGGAAGAGGCCAUGGUGCAGUUUGGAGGAAGCUGGCCAGACAGUGAGCUGUAGCUGAACCAGGGAGAUGGGUCAAGAAGCAGGAAGCAAGGGUAGUUGGAAACAGGUCCUAGGAAAGAGACAGUGUGCUCUGAAAAGUGCAGGGUGCAAAUUGCUCUGAGCCAUAAUUUUCAGGAGUCAUUUCAACAGUUUGUUUGUGUGUGUGUGUGUGUGUGUGUGUGUGUGUGUGUGUGAGAGAGAGAGAGAGAGAGAGAGAGAGAGAGACAGAAUGAAUGAGAAUAUUGGAGAAGAAAACAACCCACACCUUUUAGCUAGUGAAAGUUGACUUAAUUUUCUGGUGAUGUGGUGCAUUUAUUUCAAAUACCCCAUAGCAAAGGCACCUUCCCAUGCUUUUUCAAGCUUUCUGCUGCUGUUGAUGAGCAGCAUCAUGCCAUGGCCAUCUCCCAUUCCAUGGUGACAUUGUGGGGGAAAGUGGGCCCAAGAAUUACUCAGGUCCUGCUUGCAGGCUUCCCAUGGAUGCCUGGACUAGAUGGGUCUUUGACCUGAUCCAGCAGGGCUCCUCAUGUUGCCCUAUACCACCAAAGCAAGGAAGGAGUUGGAUGGGAGAUGUCUCUGCUAUCUAGAACGCCAAAAAACAAGUUCAUUCCCACAUGAAAAUGAUGUUUACUUCACUACACCACCAAGGAUGAAGAGAAAGCAAUGUUCCCAUUUUCAGCCAGAUUUAGGUGUUGCUUCUGGAACCCCACUAAUGAGCUGCCACUUCCUUGCUUGCUCCAUCCAGCUACCCAUGUACGCUGCGCCAGUAUCUCUGCGACAGGAUCCCAGCUGCUCACCUGGGCACCAUGAUGAUCCUGCAGCUACUGGAAGGGGUGGACCACCUCGUUCGACACGGAGUGGCUCACAGGGAUUUGAAGUCUGACAACAUCCUCGUUGAGUUUGACGCCGGUACGUAGCGCAGCUGCAAAACCUGUGCGUGUAUCUGGUCAGGGAGAAGUGAUGAGCAGGAUCAUUGUGCUUGGAAUGGAGAAAACAGGUAGAGAUCUUAAAAAUGCUAGAGGAGUGGUAGAAAACCCUGGCAUCAGGCUGCUCAUCAUCACAUAUCACCAACAAAAAGCACUUCGGAUGGGGCAAACCCAGCUUCGAAUCGCUGCUGGGGCACACACCUAGGCUACCUCACAGGGUUGGUGUGAUGAUUAAAUCAUGCAGAGAACUUGUUUGGAAUGUCACCUUACAAAUGUCAUAAACAAUAAUUGCAGGUGCCCUCUUGGAAGGGAUACUCCCCAUUAUAUGUCACACAGGAUGUUCCAAGUAGUCUCAGUGCUGCUGUGUCGCCUGGCUUAGAAGAUGCAUCUUUCUUGCACUUAGGUUAUAGGCAACCCAGGAAGCUGCCUUUGCCUGAGUCAGACCAUGUUUUGGGUCUAUUGAGUAGAGCCAGUGUUGACUGGCGGUGGCUCUCUCGGGUCUCCGUCCCAGAGAGGUUUGUAAAUGGAGAUGCCAAAGAUUGAACUAAAGACCUUUGACAUGUGAAGCAAGUGCUCUGCCAGUCAGCAAUGGCUGCUCCUAAUGAGCCUAGGAAGCUGGCUUAUAACGAGUCUUUCCCUUGCUCCAUCUAGCUCUAUAUUGGCUGCACUGGCUGCCAGCAGCUCUUCAGCAUUUCCAACUGGGGUCUCUCCCCAGAGAUGCUGGGGAUUGAACCUAGGACUUUUAUCUAUGUUUGCAGAGCAGAUGCUCUACAACUGAGCUAAUACUUCAGUAACAAAUGGGGAAAAUGGAGUUGAGGAGAGCCCAUUCUCUGUCCACUGAGGAUCUUAAGCUGUCUCAGGCAGAAAUGCACUAGGCUAGAGGAACGGAAUCUUCCAGCCUUAAAAUUAAAUGUAGGCAAAGUGGUAAUAGGAACACCCAAAAUGGCCUGACCAUAUUGGCUGCCCUCCAGCUCCGCAGUUGCAAAUUGGUCGAUGGGUUUUCUCCAACUCCCUGAUUUUGGACAUCUGUGGUUUGCCUGGCUGCACAGCAGCAAUUUCUGAAGUCCCAAAGUACAAAUAGGCUAAUAACUCAGUGCUUCGGGAUCGUUAAGCAGUAGGUAAUCCCAGGGCAAAUUCACGCUCUGCUAGAGCCCAGAGCGCUUUUGGCCCACUGUCAGUUUCUGGCGUUGGAUAUGUUAAUUACUCUCAGCCUGACUGAGACUCAAGUGGGCAGGAGACAAGUAAGGGCAAGCAGAGCAGAGUAAUUAACGUCCGCAGUAGAAGCACAUGCUCUGUUCCCUCUGAGAAACGCUUUGUAUCACGACGAUGAGGCAGAAACUGCAGGGGAAAGAUUUGGUCUUGAACGAAGGAUGCAGCUAAAGGUGGCACCAGAAAUCCGUGCUUGUGCAUCUCCUGAUGCAGAGUGUGUGCUUACUUGGUGAAGGGUGGUGGUGAAUUAGGUUGGGAGCGUAGCACUGGUUUGGUGGGGUUAACGCUCCCCACCUCAACCUUUUCCAUUAAAAACCUUCAUUAUUUUUCAGUUUCUGAAAAUACAUCCUUUAUCCCUACCCCCAAGAAACAUUCCAUGCAUAUGCAACUAUCGCAGUCAAAUAUUAUGUAGGUUUGUAUAACAAUUUAGAGUUGAUUAUAACAGUUAGUGUCCUAUGACCCCUUCCCAAACACUGCUAUCAGAGAAAUCAUUCCAGAUCAAGAUCCUCCUCACCCCACAUGGGCCACAUUUGGCAGGUGGAUGGAUGGGGUUGCCCACCUGUCAAUAAUCUGAUGCCACAGUGAUGUCAGGUGGCCCAUAUUUGCAUAGCGCUGUGCCUGGAAACCCCAAUCAGCUGCCAGCAUUUGCAAAGCACUGUGUUUGUAGUGCUGCUGAUCAAACAAGCCGUGUCAUAAACUGCUCCACAUGUGGUGUCAUAUAUGCCCUUGAAGGAACCUUCCGGGGGGGGGGGGGUUUACAGCCCUAGAGACUUGCUCCUGCUGUCCAUUCUGAGUGCUAAGCUGGUCUGCUGUGUGUCUGUUCAGAAUGUAACUCUGUUCCCUUGCCAUCAUUUGCAGCUGGAUGUCCAGGGCUGGUCAUCUCAGAUUUUGGCUGCUGUUUGGCCGACAAAACAAUUGGCUUGAAACUCCCUUUUACCAGCUGGUAUGUGGAUCGCGGGGGCAACGGCUGCCUCAUGGCGCCAGAGGUAAUUCUCUAUCUCUCUCUAUUUCUCUUGGUAUAAUAGGGUUUGUGUUUUGUAACUUUAACCAUUAUGUCUUAGUCGCUACCUUCUACACAUUCAUGUACCUGCGGUUUACCGUAUUUUUUGCACCAUAACACCGACUUUUUUCCUCCUAGAAAGUAAGGGGAAAUGUCUGUGCGUGUUAUGGAGCGAAUGCCUACGGAUGGCGGGGGGAUCUGCUGCAGUCGUGAGCAGAGGAUCCAUGGUUCCCCUUCCUUGCCUCCUCCGUGGCUUGCUUUGAAACAGAAAAGCGGGAGGAGCCGCUUACAUGAGUCCGGAGCUGUUUCUUUCAGCGAGCCAGGGAGGAGGGAGAGAAGCAGAGCCUUUAAAGGAGCAAAGCGGGAGAGGAGAGGAGCCUUCUCCCCUUAAACCCCUCUUCUGCACUAUUAACAGCAUCCUUCUCCACCCACCCCACGCGUGUUCCUUGUCCCUUGAGUGCUUUUCCUUCCCUCCCCACUUAAAACGUGGUUACAAAGCACGGAUGCACAUGGAUCCUCAGGAUUUUUGCACUGGGUCACCCCAAAUUCACCAUCAGAUCACAUAGCAUGUCCAUGGCUACAGCUUGCACCAAAAAAAUCACGCACCCACUGUUGCCUGGGGCCGCAGUGGUGCAAAAACGUGGUUACAAAGCAUGGAUCCUCAGGAUUUUUGCAUUGGGCUACCCCAAACUCACCGUCAGAUCACAUGUCUGUGGCUACAGCAUGAACCACAAAAAUCAUACAUCCACUGUUUCUUUAGAAUAUUUUUUUUCUUGUUUUCCUCCUCUAAAAACUAUGUGCGUGUUAUGGUCGGGUGCGUGUUAUAGAGCGAAAAAUACGGUAUUUAUUUUGGCUUUAUUUUAUGACUGUAUUUGUUUGACAGUGAUCUAUAAUUUUAUAUAGGCUACGUAUAUAGGCACCAGAUCCCAUUUGAUAACCUUAUCCUUUGCAGAAUCUUGUAUAACCUUUCUUUUUGAAAAUUUAUUUGUAUUUUAUUUUUUUAAGAACUACUCCAAAUUAGAUGUGCCUUUGCACUACACGUGCACAUUUUAAAAAUGCAGUUAGCUUCUGGGUUAGGCCGAUAAUUAAUGCGAUCAAAGCGGGCAUUGAGAAGCAAUGUUAUCCCUUCUGCCCCUGCUGUGCCAAAAGUGGCAUUUUACCAAAAAGUAUAUGCCAGCUUCAAAUUCUCUCCUCCAUGCCUCUCCUGAUCCCAUUAAUUAUCAGCCGCUCCAAGCGAUUUGCAUUUUAAGAAACCUGCUUGGAGGCAUUUUAAGUUUUGGCUGGCCUUGUCUGAAGGUUUGUUUUCCGUAUCUGUUUCCUGACAGGUGGUCACUGCUACCCCCGGCCCCGGGGUUGUGAUAGACUACAGCAAAGCAGAUACAUGGGCGGUUGGGGCAAUGGCAUAUGAGAUCCUUGGUGCACAUAACCCCUUCUACGGCAAAGGGGGAGCUGCUCUGGAAAGCAGGAGCUAUCAAGAUAAGGAUCUGCCACCCUUGCCAGAAACUGUACCCCUGGAAGUGAGGAAGCUGGUUGGAUUGCUGCUUCGGAGGGAUCCGGCCAAGGUGAGAGUUGCUCUCUUCUUUUCACAAGGGCUUCCACGCCUCCCCACAUCUUGCUUAGCAAUGGUCAUACAAGCCCAGACGCCAGUAUCCUGCAAAAGACCCUCUGACUGAGACCAGAGGGCUGGGCUUCACCUGCCACCGUAGUACAGUCUAGGCAAAUGGCUUUCAUUGGACCAGCUGUGGCUGAUACAAUAAUAGAGGAUAUGGCACUCCCAGGAAUCUUUGUCAGGAAGAAUGGGUAGCUGGCAUGCUCUUGUAAGUAAAUACGUAUAUGCUCCAAUUUCAUUAAAAAUAUCAAAGUGGUGUAUGACAAUAAAUGGCCGGGGGGGGGGGCAGACAGAAAUAAAUAAAUAUAUAUAUACCCCUCACUCACUCACUCACUCACUCUCUCUCUCACACACACACACCAGAAUGAAAGAUCACCACCUAAGAGUAGAAAAGAUGUAGAAAAGGCAGCAUAGAAGGUUUUCAGCAAAUGUCCAAAAGUUAACACUGAGAACACCCACUGAGUCUCUUUUGGAAGAACAUCGUACAAGACUGGGCCUAGGACACUGAAGGCUUGAUUUAGUAAUGGUAUCAAUGAGUGCAAAGCUGACUAUACAAACCUUUCCCAAAUCUUCUGAAUUGUACACUUUUUAAUUUUAUUUUAAACAACUGGAAACGUAGGAAGCUGCCUGAGGCCAGGUCAGACUGUUUGUCUAGCUAGCCCAGCAUGGCCUGUGUUCACACAUCCUGAUAAGCCAGGAUUUGCUGGUUUACCAUGGUUGAUUGGGCUCAAACGGCAUACACUAGCACCUUGCCUGUGUUUGAGUGCUUUCUACAAUUCUCCCCCUUCCCCCAGAGAAUGUACCUCAUUCCAGUGGGGAAGUCUGCAAACAGAAACCAGAGAAAGGCACACCAGAGGUGCUCGCCUGAAAGCAAACUCCGCCAUUCCUUUGACUUUCCCCACCUCCUUUCCUAUUUCAGAGGCUCUCUGCACGUGUUGCAGCCAACGUCCUCCACCUGAGUCUCUGGGGUGGUGAUACUCUCAGCCUGGAGGACCUGAGACCUGCCAAGUUGGUUGGCUGGCUUCUUCACCAAUCACUCGCCACCUUAUUGACAGAUCGCUUUGGAGAUGGGAGCAAAGUCGAAACAACGCUGAAGAGGUGCUUUCUGGCAAACCUGGAGUAUGAAGAUCUCUUUGAGGCAGCCGCCCUGCUCCACUCUUGGAGGAGCAUAGUGUCGUGA